AUGUCGGAUCCGCUCUCUGUGGCGGGUACCGCCGUUGGCAUCACAUCGCUCGGUAUACAGGUAUGCCAAGGCCUCAUCCAGUAUCUUAGGGCAGUGAGGGGCAGGAAAGAAGACAUACGAGACGGUAUUCGGGAUAUUGAACAAGUCGUAUCGUUACUUUACAGCCUGAACAGCCUCCUCCCCAAAAUGAACCCUGAAACGGACAAGGCGCCACUCCAACGCUGUCUCAACAACUGUUACGGGAAACUUGAAACCCUACAAGAAGUCCUAGGCGAGCUCGACGACGACAAGCACUCAAAUAAAGUCACAAGAAGAGCAGCGAACGCGAUGCGAUCGGUUACGUACCCUUUCCAGCAAGAGAAGCUGACAGCAAUUCGUCAAUCCCUACGAUCGGUGCUCGAUGAUCUGAACUUGAUCCUUUCCAUCAUAUCACUGGAUUCUGAAGCUACCAUCCAAAGCACAGUUAGCACCAUAUCGCUCGAUCUUAGAGCCCAUGCAUCGACUCAUGCUGGCGACAUAUCGGAUCUGCAAAUACAGGUAGAUAGCAAUUUUUUGCAGCUUCGAUCUCUACAGAGCACCAUAUCAGACACGCUUGACGAUAUCGCAGAGCAGCUCCAUAAAACCCACUUAUAUAUCCAAGACCUCGAUCAAAGAGUUGAUGGAAAAUUGACGAUCAUUGAGUCUGGCACGCAGUCAAUCGAAGCCAGCAGUCAGGUUACCGUCGCCAGAUUGGAGGAGAUUACAAAAGCCUUAGCAUCACAGUCAAGAUUGAUGGAGAAUAUGAGUCUGCAGAUCAUGGGCAUUCAAAGCCUGCCAAAUACUGACUUUGCAACGGCUGAACAAAACGCGACCUUCCAUGAAAAACCCAGCAAGGCUUUGUAUAAGCAGUCCACCAAUACGAGCCUCUGGCGAAGCUGCCGUUGCGCGACUCGUAUUCCUAGGUCUAAAACCUUUUUCAGUUUCUGGAAUAUGAAAUUUGAGCUCGAACAACAAGAACAUCACCUCCCAUCGUGCAAGUUGUGGGGGACGAAAAAAGGCAUGAAAAGAACUGCCAAAGCAACUUUCCCUCUGAAGCUAGCUUGGCUGUCUGCUCGGACCACACUUGCCUGUUUCCAAUAUGCCACAGGCACUAGUCAGCCAAGCAUUUCGAUAAGAUACACGAAUAUCGUUGAGCGAAGGAAUAGUCCGGUUUACCGUCUAUUUAACAAGUUUGCAAAGGACAUGGAAAUGAGAAACAGUGUGAACCAGGUGAUUCGCAAGAUCGAAUUAUUGGAACGAGAAAUCCUAACGCUAUACACCUGUGGCCGGGCCUCACCAGGCGACGUAGAUCAACUCGGUUUCACACACGCUGAGGUGAAGGUUGUGUUUGACGAGUCAGUUGCCCUGCGGCCUUUUGGUCAACCAGAUGAGGCACCUUCUUUCAUACUGACUUCUCCUGGAACUGUAGCGUGGGAGAUUUCCGAUAUCGCAAAGGCUAUCCUUUCGAGGAAUAUAGACGAUCUUAAAUUGUGUCUUACACAAGAUCCCGAGUCUGUGCUUGAAAGUAUCCGUGAUAUCAACGUCCUCUACCUAUCUGCUGCAUGGCCAGAAGGCUUGAGGUACCUACUUACGACCGAAGCGAUUACCUUCAUUGACGAUAAUGUCGAAAUUGGAAGAUUUAACUUAACGCUUGUAUCGAGGGCUAUAGAUCGCGACCAGGCUGAAUCAGUUGAUCUACUGCUGGGGGCGGGAUGCUACCUCGAAUUGGAACAUUCGACGUUUUCCAUCUUCUCAUCAGACCAGCUGGCCUUAAUUGUAGCUGCUCACCUUUCUGAAAGAAGACUUCGGCUUUUGGCAUUCGUACAGCGACAGCUUGGACUUUUUUUAGGCCAAACGUCAGUGGCCUUUGCCGACUCUGCGGCAGCUGAAAUGUGCGCUGCUUUAGAUGCAGCCGGGGUGAAGUUACACCCGAGCUUACGAGUUGAGCCCAAUUACCGAUCCGUCUAUCUUCAAGGUCCCAUUGCUUUGCAUAUGUUCAGUCAUUUCUGGGAAAAAGGGUUCCAUCACUUCAAAAGCCGUAACCUGAUCGGUUUCACACCUGCCGUUACCAAACAGUCUUGUUUGGAGGCAAUCUUAAUAUUGAGAAACAUGAAGGACUUGGUAGAAGCAAUGGAAUGGCUUGUGAAGAAGGGCUUCAUGCAGGAGAAGACCAAAGACCCGCUGGACUUGGGUCUAAAUACAAAUGCUACAGGCUACCACUAUCUUGGAGCUUUGCUUGCUCAUUCCGUAAGUUGGGGAGGUGAUUGCCAUGACUUUCUUUACCCAAAACGCAGAGCCUUGGAUGACCUGUUAGCGAGGCAGGACCACGAAGAUGACUGCAUGUGCUGGUGUAACCCCGACAAUUAUGGAUGUUCUCCAUUAAAGCUUUUUCUGAUAACCUAUGUCAAUCUUGUUCCAACAAGUGAGCAUGGCGCAGGCUUCUCCCGACACGUGGUACUACACCGCAAGUUGUUCGAUCCCAUGUCUCUGGGGGAUACAAUCUCCCAUCGGAUCAAAGGGACUCUGCGCCUUCUCACAUUCGAGGCUCUCGAGAUGACUCACACAUGUUGCUCUUUUGAUGAGAUUCACGAACACGAUCAUUCUGGUCUUGUGCCAGUGAAGAUGUUGGGGGACAAAGGGAUCUUCUGCCACGAUCCUGUUAGCGUGUCGAUAAUCCGUUCUUCUGCGGAAGAACAGUCAACAGCUGCACUUCUCGAGGAACUGAUGGUAGAGUUCACAGAAAAGCUAUCCCGUCUCACUGCAGGUGUGCGGACGUUCGAGGAGUUUAUUUUUACACAUUGGCGUCGGCGUAUAUCGCAACUAUAUGCCCCAGACCCCAACGUUGUGGAGGAUCUCCUGCAGCACCAGACAUUCCAAGGACUCGGACUCUCUCGAUCAGUAAAAACACGCGUACUGCCAGAGACGCUGCAACGCUUACUUGGUGAGGAUUUCCUCUUGACCGACCGUCUGGACAAGCCGAUCCCAUUGGAAGGAUGUGCAUCUGAAAUGGCAGAAUACGAGAAGCCCUACUGUCCAUGGUGUAACAAGAGCAACAGAUAG